UGUCUUUCUAUCCGCAGAGUCAAGAACAUGGCGGCGCUCCGUGUGGUUGUGUUCUCCGGAACCGGGAGAGCCCUCCUGAACACAUCCAAAGCUUUUCAUUCCCCACGGGCCAACAUGUCAUUUGCAAGCUUGCCGAAGGGGAGUAAGAUCGCCCUGACCACCAUUGGAGUGUUGACAACGGGAGGAGCGGGUCUGGCUCUGAUGCUCCAGCAGUCAGUCAAAGCCUCAGAUCUGGAACUGCAUCCGCCUUCAUACCCUUGGAGCCAUAAUGGCAUGCUUUCCUCCCUCGACCAUGGCAGUAUUCGUCGUGGGUACCAGGUUUAUAAACAGGUGUGCUCGGCGUGCCACAGUAUGGAAUACUUGGCCUUCCGUAACUUGGUUGGUGUUUCGCACACAGAGGCUGAGGUCAAGGUCCUGGCUGAGGAGAUUGAAGUGGUAGAUGGUCCUGAUGAUUCAGGCGAGAUGUUCACCCGACCUGGAAAGCCCUCUGAUUACUUCCCUAAACCGUACUCCAACCCUGAGGCUGCUCGUGCCGCAAACAACGGCGCUCUGCCCCCUGACCUCAGCUAUAUCAUCAAUGCUAGACAUGGAGGUGAAGAUUAUGUCUUCUCUCUUCUGACGGGUUACUGUGAACCCCCAGCUGGUGUGACUAUGAGAGAUGGUCUUUAUUACAACCCAUAUUUCCCUGGCCAGGCCAUUGGUAUGGCGCCACCUAUCUACAAUGAGGUGUUGGAGUUUGAGGACGGAACCACUGCCACCAUGAGCCAGGUUGCAAAAGACGUCUGCACUUUCCUGAAGUGGGCCGGCGAGCCAGAGCAUGACCAACGCAAGCGCAUGGGCCUGAAGCUGUUGAUGGGCGCUUCCAUACUCAUCCCCCUGGUCUACUACAUGAAGAGGCACAGGUGGUCCGUGUUGAAGAGCAGAAAGAUCGCCUACAGGCCUCCCAAAUAAAGCCACCCAGCUGCCUUCACCACUGCAGCAGGCCUUGACACAAUGUUAAAACCUGAUUCGCGUUUGACCGAUCUUUUACAGAGCGCACAUUGCAUCGAGAUAAGGUUGCUAUGGUCAAUAACCGCUGGACAUCCUUUCUAUUAGGUGUCCUUUCUCCUAAAUGACUUGGGGAGGGGGGGCUCCAGAUAGACAUGUGAUGUUUUACUGAAAAAUAAACGUCAUAUGAAUGAAUUGUUGGGGUUGUUUGCGAGGGGAUGUGUUCAGAGGAAAGUCAAAAAUACACGUGCAACCUUCUCAUGCUUUGUGAGAUCUGUCUUUGCAGUAGAUUCUCUACACGUUGUUGUGUAAAUAUUUAAUAAAACUGGUAUAUCCAAUGAAACCCUUA